AUAACAAAGAUUUCGAAGUCGUGGUCUUAUUAUUACACUAUGAAUCUUUAUAUAUACCUCUGAUUGUAAUAGGGAGAAUAUAGAUAAAUGGUGAUAAAAUAAUCACUAUUACAAGAAUUCACUCCAAAAAGAAUCAAUAUUCAAGAAUUUUGGCAGGCCUGCAUGUUAGGUAGAUCCACUGACUUUGUUGGCCAACAAAAUAUCGCGUGGAAAAGUGAUAAUGUUUCCACGAAGCUAGCUUUCUUUCCUUUUCAGUCAAUGGGAUCAACAGUUCCGUUUUGGUAUAUACAAAGAGUCUCUUUGUUUGGUAAUCUUCCUCCUCACUAGAAAUCUCUACGAUCUUGAUACUCUCUUCUUCAUACUAAUGGAUUAUUAUUUUUCCUUUACCAAUCUUGUUGCUGCUGCAAUCUGCUUCUUGGUGCUUUUGGGUACAAUUUUUUUCUAUAUGAAAUCAAGAUCCCAUCAAAGAAACCAAACAGCUGCUUCGUCUUUAACUCUUUUGGCUCCUCCGUCUUCUUUGCCACACAACUCGAAGCACCAUGUCUUCCCGAGCUUCCACGGGGCAGAUGUACGCAAAACCUUCCUUAGCCACGUUCUCAAGGAGUUCAGGAGCAAAGGAAUCGACCUAUUCAUUGACAAAGAUAUAGAGAGAAGUAAGUCAAUCGGUCCUGCCCUUAUAGAAGCUAUUAGAGGAUCGAGGAUUGCUAUUGUCUUGCUCUCGGAGAACUAUGCUUCGUCUACAUGGUGCUUGAACGAGCUGGUGGAGAUCAUCAAGUGCAGACAAGAGUUUGGUCAAACAGUUAUGCCCAUUUUCUAUCAAGUGAAUCCAACUGAUAUAAAGAAGCAGAAGGGAUAUUUUGGGAAGGUCUUCAGAAAAACUUGUAAAGGAAAAAGAAAGGAGGAGAUCCAAAGAUGGAAACAUGCUUUAACCCAAGUGGCUCAAAUCGAAGGUUACCAUUCAAAAAACUGGGAAACUGAAGCAGAAAUGAUUGACGAUAUUGCCACUGAUGUUUCAAACAAGUUGAACAAUUCUGCACCGUCAAGUGACUUCGACGGCUUAGUUGGGAUAGAAUCUCAUAUGACAAAAAUGGGACCAUUGUUACAACUAGAUUCGGACGAGGUGAGAAAAAUAGGGAUAUUGGGCCCACCUGGGAUUGGUAAGACCACCAUCGCUAGAUGUCUAUUCAACCAACACUCGCGAGAUUUUCAAUUGAGUGUCUUUAUGGAUAAUAUCAAAAGAAAGUAUGUGAGACUAGCUUGUUCCGAUGACUACAAUGUGAAGUUGGAUUUGCAGAAGCAGUUUAUGUCUCAGCUAACCAAUGAACCGUGUAUCAGGAUUCCACAUUUGGGAGUUGCCAAAGACAGGUUGAAAGACAAGAAAGUUCUUGUCGUCCUUGAUGAUGUGGAUCAUUUAGUACAACUGGAAGCCAUGGCGAAUGAAACUAGUUGGUUUGGUCCGGGAAGUCGAAUUAUCAUCACAACACAAGAUCAAAAGGUUUUAAACGCAAGUGGGAUCGACCAUAUAUACAGGGUGGAUUUACCAUCAUAUGAUGAGGCUCUUCAGAUAUUCUGCAUGUAUGCUUUUGGGCAUAACUACCCCAAGGAUGGUUUUGAGACGCUUGCUUGUCAAGUUAGAAAUCUUGUAGGUAGACUUCCGUUGGGGCUAAGGGUUAUGGGCUCCUAUUUUCGGGGAAUGUCUGAGCAAAAUUGGACAGAAGCCCUGCCAAGGUUAAGGUCUCACCUUGACAGAGAUGGAGAAAUUGCUAACAUUUUAAAGUUUAGUUAUGAUGCUUUGUGUAGUGAAGAUAAAAGUUUAUUUCUUCAUGUAGCAUGCCUUUUCGAUUAUGAUGAAGUUGAUACAGUGGAAGCUUGUCUAGCAAGUUGUUUUUUGAAUGUGAAACAAGGGCUUCGUGUCUUAGCUGAAAAAUCUCUUAUAUCUAUCGAAUCAAGAUGGAUAAAGAUGUCUGAGUUGCUAGUCCAACUAGGAAGAAAAAUUGUGCGAGAACAAUAUGUUAGCGAGCCUUGGAAACGCCAGUUUUUGAAUGAAGCAAUUGAUAUUGGUGAAGUACUUAGUGAUGAUAAAGCAGAUAGCAGAAGUGUCAUAGGAAUCAAUCUUAAUGAGGAAAUAACAUCAUGUACAAGUGAAAGAGCCUUUGAAAGAUUGUCUAAUCUUCAAUUCUUAAGAAUCCGAAGCUAUCGCACUAAUCUGCGUAGUAUAGACUACGUAUCCCGAAAACUUAAAUUACUAAUUUGGCCGAUUGCUGAGCAGCUACCACGGCCGAUGUUCCCAAUGACAUGUUUUCCUUAUAGUUUUAACCCAAAUUUCCUAGUCAAACUAGAGAUGCCAUUUAGUAAGCUUGAGAAAUUGUGGGAAGAAAAUAAACCGCUCAGCAAUCUCAAGUGGAUGGAUUUGACAAAUUCAAGCAAUUUGAAAGAGCUUCCUAAUCUCUCAACGGCCACUAAUCUCCAAGAAUUGGAUCUCAGCUAUUGUUCAAGGCUGGAAGAGCUUCCUGAUCUCUCAACUGCCACUAAUCUCCAAAAAUUGGAACUCAGACAUUGCUCAAGUCUGGUUGAGCUCCCUUACUCUAUUGGGAAUGCAGUUAAUCUCAGAGAAUUGGAUCUCAAUAAUUGCUCAAGUCUGGUGAAGCUCCCUUCCUCUAUUGGGAAUGCAGUUAAUCUCAAAGAAAUGAAUCUCAGUCAUUGCUCAAAUCUGGUGGAGAUCCCUUCUUCUAUUGGGAAUGCAGUUAAUCUCAGAGAAUUGGAUCUCAAUAAUUGCUCAAGUCUGGUGAAGCUCCCUUCCUCUAUUGGGAAUGCAGUUAAUCUCAAAGAAAUGAAUCUCAGUCAUUGUUCAAGUCUGGUGGAGCUCCCUUCAUCUAUGAGAAACCUUGGUAGAUUGUCGGAAUUGAAAUUAAAGGAAUGCUCGAAGUUAGAGGUUGUUCUGACCAACAUCAACUUGGAAUCUCUGAAAGAACUCAAUCUCUCAGGUUGCUCAUUGUUAAAGAUUUAUCAUGAGAGUUCCACGGACAUUCAGGAGCUUGAUCCAUGGCUUUGGAGAAAAUCUUGUCUACAGUUUCUUGCACUAAGAGGAAUGAAGAAGCUGGUAUCGCUCCUACCGCUUCCGGAUUCGCUAUUGGAACUCGAUGCAGAAGAUUGCGAGUCCCUGGAGAGACUAGAUUGCUUGUUUCCCAAUCCAAAUAUUCGUCUCAAUUUCCUUAACUGCUUCAAACUGAAUCAAGAAGCAAGAGAUCUCAUCAUCCGGACGCCAACUAAUCAAUAUGCGGUCUUUCCCGCUGGAGAAGUGCCUAUGUGCUUCACUUACCGAUCUUAUGGGAGUUCUGUAACUGUGAAUUUGAAUCAAAAUCCUCUUGGGACAUCAACCAAAUUCAAGGCUUGUUUCAUUUGUGCUGUUGAGGACGAAGAGGACUUUCAAAAUUCGGAAUCUGUCUUUUGUAGCAUCACUUCCGGAGGGAUUGCUCUCACUGCUUUUUUCAAAAUAUUACAUAGAUUUUCGCCGGGGCAUCUGUACACAUUCGAUGUUGAGGUUGAAACAGAGGAGGUCACUUCCACCGAGCUUGUUUUUGAGUUCGACCUUGGCUAUUCAGAUACGAACGUAAAGAUAAAAGAAUGCGGGAUAUUCCAACUUCUGGAGGUCCCUCUAUUGAGCUUCAGAGAUGGCGAUGAGGAUUAGGAGUCUUUAGACAUUGAGAAGAGACUAUUUACUUUGUGAUUACUU